AUGCCAGUGCAAACCAGCCAGCCGUCCUUUCCGGACUCAUUUCCGUCUUUCAUGUCGGUAUUUGGUGGUCCCCUUCCACGAUACAAAGAAGAAGCAAACACCAUCCAUCCACUUCAAUACCCAACCCAUGUCCCUGUCAAUACACGUCUACUUCCUUCCCCUCACCGCGAAAGUGUUUCAUCCAUGACCUCGGCAUCGACCGAGUCCUCCCCGACCACAACCAUCUCGCCCUUUGAUUCGCCCGGUGGGGGUGACAUCUCUCCGAGCUCCUCGCCGGAAUCUCCCUCUGCUAUGUCGGUCUCAUACCCAAAGUUCAUGCCUUCCACACGGCCCAUGGAACUUCCUCCGCGCCUUGCGCCGGUCGGUGAACCGCGCCUGUCGCAGCCAACCCCUCAUAAUACGCGCCCAGACUCCCCCAAUCGACGGGCACGUAAUCUUAAGAACUUGUCCUUGCGAAUGCCGCCCCCGUCUCAGUCUCACCCACCUAUCGCUACUGCAUCAAUGGUGGAGACGUCAAAACACCACUUCGAUGCCGCACCAUCUCCCAUCGUGAUCCCUUCUAAGAGCAGGCGACGCGCCAAUCUCACCAUCCAGACCCCCACAUUCAAUAAACCAUUAUCUAGUAUCACUGAUGCCGUGCCCCCGACUCCAUCCCUGCGCCACGCAGAAUCCUCACCUUCGCUCUUAGCGAUUACAUCACCCUCAUUCGCCCCACAGGGAGGUAUGCAGCUUCCCCGGUUAAUGUCACAUCCUGGUAUGCGCCGCUCGUCUAGCGCGUCCGAGGAUGCGUCCCCUGUCACGUUGAAGCCGGUUGAUGGAUCCGGCUUCUCUCGGCGUGUUCUCCAUGGCCUAGAAGAAGAGGACGACCACCCCGACUCGCGUGAGUCGACCCGCAAGAAGGAUCGUGGCUACCCGGAUGGGCCUAUCCGGAUCCACGACUCUGGUGUCUACCUGUAUCUAGAGCCAACAGCAGAAGAAGCAUCUAAAUUCGACGUGGUGAUCAACGUCGCCAAAGAAGUGGUGAACCCGUUCAGUACUAGCAAGGAGGAGCGGAAUGAUACAGUGAUGAGCACAUGGCGGAACGCCUCCAUGGCCUCGAAACGAUUCUCCCGCGGGGAGCCCCAGACUGCGAUUUCGGAAAUCUCCUUUAAGUCUGCUUGGGAAUUCCAACCCUCGGAUUCCGAGUCGCCAACCCCUGCUAUCGCAAGUCCUACAGCUUUAGAACCGGAGUACCUUCAUGUCGGUUGGGACCACAAUUCUGAGAUUCUCGAAGACCUGCUCCCGCUUUGUGAGCUGAUUGAUGACCGGAUCGCCGAAGGAAAGAAAGUUCUCGUGCAUUGUCAGCUAGGUGCCAGCCGCUCAGCAUCGCUGGUGAUUGCCUACGGAUUGUACAAAAACCGACACUUGGAUUUCAAUUCGAUGUACGAAGCGGUCAAGGGACGGAGCCAGUGGGUCGGCCCUAAUAUGAGUCUCAUCUACCAGCUCACAGACUUCCGCUCUAAAUUGCUGCGGGGAUCUACGUCGAAGCCCCCACCCCAGGAGUGGUUCGUCCAAACCGGUCGACGAAGCUCAGAGCCCCAGGUUGCACGAGCUGAGCGCCCAGCCUCCAACGAAGCAAGCCGACCAUCCUUCCGCGGACUGUCGCAGGCACCUUCAGUUAGCUGCCUCUCCAUCCCAGAAACGACCUCGAUGCGUCCCACUACGAGCGACGACAGCAGUAGCUACACAAAAUUCAAGUCUUACUCCCCCAAGCGGAGUCUGUCCCCCGUCCCCCUCCCAUUCCGACAGAAAUUUCACCGUGGAACCUCACGAGGGUUGCCGCGCAGCGUCAGCAGCUGUGACCCGCUCGUACAAACACAUGUGUUUGUACGUGAUGCGCCAGACUCCAAUGGUUUGUUUUCACCAAGGACGAGCGAAUUCUUCUCGCCAACUCCUUUGGAACCACCAUCAUUCGACCGGAUUGAUCGCUCCGCAGCCCUCUCUCCACCUCCCAUCCCCCACGUCGAACCGGCAGACCCCCGCUCACCUCCAUCCGGCGGCGAGCCCCUGAUCAUGAGAUCCAUUGACGAAUUCUUGUGA